UCGCUGUCGGUCCCUUUCUCACUUUCUUCGGAAGUCCUUUCUGCUUGUGCUUGUGAGGCGAAGUUACCUGGACAUUUUAGGUGUCGUUUGUUGAUCUUGUUAGUGGUAAGUGAGGUGUCUAGUGUUAGUUAAAUUGUGAAUGAAGUUUUAGUGUGAAUUUAUCGGUUUUGUUAUGUAAAAACUAACAGCAAACCUAUCCUACAUCUUACCAGCUAGAUGCUCUUAUUAUUGUUUUGAUACGGAUGGAGAUUACCUGACUGAGAAGGCAACAUGGGCAUGUGCUGUAGCCGGCACGGCCCGGACCGUCCACUCGUGUACCACCAUGGGUACAAGGGAGAAGGUCUGGAAGGCCAGGUGGGUCCAGGAGACCCCAGAUACACCCCAGACCCCAACAGAGCUGGCGGAGUCACCGUCAAGAGACAGGGUCACGACAUCAUCCGCACACCUACCACACCCUUUCAUCCAAGUUGUUCGAGAGGUCGUAUCGUGGUGGCCGUGUACAACUACCAGUCUAGAGAAGCUGCCGAUGUUUCGUUCAUCAAAGGCGACAGAAUGGAGAUACUGGACGAUAGUGAGCCGGAUUGGUGGAGAGUUAGACAUCUCAAAACUGGAGAUGAGGGUCUCAUACCUUGGAACUUUGUGGCCGAGGAGAAAUCCGUAGAGAGUGAAGACUGGUUCUUUGGGAAAAUCUCCCGCAAAGAAGCUGAAAAGCUGUUAAUGCUAGAGGAGAAUGCAAGAGGCACGUUCUUAGUUCGGGAUUCUGAACAUAAUCCUCAUGGAUACUCAUUGAGUGUUAAAGACUGGGAGGAAUCGAGAGGAUAUCACGUGAAACACUACAAGAUUAAACCUUUAGACAACGGAGGUUACUACAUAGCUACUAAUCAGACCUUCCCUACCUUGCCUGCGUUAGUGCUGGCUUACACAAAGAAUGCGUUAGGUCUGUGUCACGUACUGGCUCGUCCUUGUCCCAAACCUCAGCCACAGAUAUGGGACUUAUCACCCGACAUGAGGGACCAAUGGGAGAUUGACCGUAGCGAGGUGCAACUAAUACGGAAACUCGGCCAUGGCAACUUUGGCGAGGUUUGGUACGGCAAGUGGCGCAACAAUAUCGAGGUGGCAGUCAAGACGUUGCGCCAAGGUACGAUGUCGACUCAGGCGUUCCUGCAGGAGGCAGCCAUCAUGAAGAAGUUCCGUCACGACCGGCUGGUGGCGCUGUACGCCGUGUGUUCUAAAGAGGAACCUGUUUACAUCGUACAGGAGUAUAUGAACAAGGGAAGUCUGCUGGAGUUGCUCCGGAACAUUGACAAGCAGCUGCAGUUCGCCGACCUCAUAUACAUCGCUGCUCAGGUGGCUAGUGGAAUGGCAUACCUGGAGCUAAAACAGCUGAUACAUCGAGACUUGGCCGCCCGCAAUGUACUCAUCGGGGACAACAACAUCGCCAAGAUUUGCGACUUUGGCUUGGCCAGAGUCAUAGAGGACGAUGAAUACUGUCCAAGACAAGGUUCUCGUUUCCCAGUCAAGUGGACGGCUCCAGAAGCGAUUGUUUAUGGCCGCUUCUCCAUCAAAUCGGACGUCUGGUCGUUCGGAAUCUUACUCAUGGAGCUCUUCACCUAUGGUCAAGUCCCGUACCCAGGGAUGCACGGAAGAGAUGUUAUAGAACAGGUGGAGCGAGGUUAUAGAAUGCCUAAACCGACCUCACACUUCCUUCCAGACCCGAUCUACCGGCUAAUGCUGCAAUGUUGGGACGCAGAUCCCGACAAACGGCCAACAUUCGAGUUCCUCAACCACUACUUCGAAGACUUCACAAUCACAUCGGAACUUCCGUACAAGGAAGUGCUCGAUUGAUACGGCUUUGAUUGCGACUUGGUCUUUCUUGUAUGAACUGGUUAGGGUAGAAUGUCGUGUCGGAAGUUGUGAUAAGCUAACGAGGUGCUAAAGCACAUUUGGUGCUACGAAAGAUUGAUCUCAGAUAAUGUACUACGGACUCUUCAGUGUACGAGUACUUUUUCCUACUCUUACUGACUUUGCAAACCUUUGCGCUUGGAGACGUAUUUGGUAUGUCACCAAUGACAAUAAGUCAUUUACUGGCAUUUUGGAAAGUAUAGAUUGUGUCAAUUUGGCGUGUGGAAGGGAUAAGAGAUAGGCUCUCAACAAUACCAAGAGUUACACCACUAGCUAGUGGUGUUGUUAAUCCAAUGGUAAUCAAUUGUUGAGAUGAGUGUACAAGAUAACAUGGAUGGUGGUGAGGAAAGGGUUCCUGUACGAGUCUAAUUGCCACAAUCUAUACUUGUAUCGGGUGAAUACCUUGAUUUGACUAUACCCUGUAAAGAAUAUUCUAUCGUUUCAAUGUGUCUUAAAAUGUUAACACUAGCAACACAAGGUUUUUUAAUAAUACUUGAUGUACGAUGUUUGUAUCUCUUUUAGAAUCAAGGAACAAAGGUAUUUAUUUAUGAAGGUAUUGAUUGAUGAAGUUAUUAAAAACUAUGUAGAGUUUCAACAAUACUCCUAACUAAAUGGAACUAUACCAAUCAGAAUGGGAGAAAUAGCAUAUAAACAUAAUGUGUUAAAAGUCCAGUUAAUAAUUUCAAGGUUUCGUGUUGCUAAUGUUACUGGUCCACUGACUUUUCCAAUUUAACCAAAUGUAACUUAAGAUUAGGUUUUGUACAUUAUUCAUAUUUAUCGAAAGCUUAAGCUUUUUCUACUUUGUCGUCAAAGCGAACUACUUGACUGACUGUAUAUUGUAGUUAGCAGAAAUGUUAAUGGCUUGUAUCUAAACAAGUAGAUAACAAGUGUAACCUAUAUCUUCUGUAAUGUUUUUGUAAUUAUGUUAUGUAUUUAUGGAAGUGAAUAAUUUUAAGCCAACAUAUUUGUUUGAAUUUAGUUAAAACUCAAAAACUGCCUCUUUACACAAAUUAUUUGCAUAUAUUUUUAUUUCCAACCCAGUAUUAAGGAUUAGUUUUUAAAAUAUAAGGAUACUCAUUAUGCCCGUGUUAAUGCUUAGAAGAAAUAUAUAUUUUUGUAUAAUUUACCAAAAGAAUCGCUUGUAAGUUUCCUAUCAAGUUCAUAAUAUUUAAUUUAAUCACACUGUCAUAAAAUCAUGAAGAUAUCCAUUUCAUUCAUAUAAAGUUGAAUCAGUUAUUACAAAUCAGAAUCAAAUCAACUUGUUGGUUAUGAUGUUCUAGACUUUUUAUGGAACAAAAAACAUUAGUAACACCUAGAUUUGUUACAAUAUGUUUAGUUCUAAAAUAUUGAAAUUUGUUCUACUGUUAGAACUGGUUUUAUUGAGCCAGUAACUGAAUAUUUGAAAAUAUUAAUUAAUCAAUGAAUCAACCUAGAACAAUUUGCUUAUUUACAACAUACAGUGGAAAUCACAAUAUUCCGAUGUAGCCAACCGCAUUUAAAAACUUUCUACAGUGUCCACUGCGCAAGUCUCUUUUCAAUUCAAUAGAUUAUCUGUAAUUGAUAAAAAAAAAAUAAUGUGUUCAAUAUAUUUGUUGUCAAAACACGUAUUUGUAAAAGGCUUUUUUGACAGUAAAUACUGUAUCUGUAACUUUUAAUGUGUUUUUGUUCUCUGAUUGUUUUUUAUCAAAUAAGUUAUCUAACAUAUUUUCUGUUUCAAUCGCAGUAUUGUCUUGCUCCAAUGGAUAUGAAUGGUUUUCUUUAUAGCUUACAUUUAUCUAUUGGUGGAAAAAAGUUGUACAUCAGAUAAGACACACUCUGUCGAAGGAUCAAUUUAAUUAGGUUACUUUUUAUUUUUAAACUGGUUACAUGUCUAUUGUCUUUUUCUAUCAACAUUUAACGAGCCCUCAAAAAAAUAUUCUUAAAUAAAUCUUAGGGUUACCAUAAUGUGGUCGAUCAUUAAAAUCUUUCUUUAGAAUGUCCAGUUGAAACCAAUUGCUCAAAGACAAUUCUCACGUGAACUUACCAUUCUUCAUCAUCCACAAGAAUUCACUUAUUUAGUUUAAUUAUAUGCAUGUACUAUUUAUUUUAUGUUUUAGUUAUGUAUACAUUGUAUGAUAGGCUUAGUAGAAAAUAAACCUUGCGAAUAGGUUCCUUAACUGAUAAUAGUGAAAAUUAGUCAUUUAACUUUGUACUUAAGUUUUAAACUUUUGUAAUCCCUUUUAGGUAUUUUUUAAAGAAUUGCAAGUUUAGUUAGUUUUUAUGAUUUUGAAAACUUACCGUGCCAAUUAUUUUUACAGUUAUUUUUAUAAUUGAAAAACUGUGCUUCUGUCAGAGAAAUUGUGCCUUCUUUAAUUUUUCUCUCUAAACAGUUUCUGCUACCAAAUAACAUAGAAAAAGGGUUACUCACAAAAUACAAAGUAGCUAAAACAUUAAGGGAGGUGAGGAUAUUUUAAUAAUACCUUGUAACCAGCAUUAAAGUAUAGUUAUUUUAAAAGUAGGUAGGUACAUUUUUCAAUAUAAAGAGUUUUGUGAACCAAUUGUUAUGUGCAAGGCAUUUAAUUUUGUUCAGGUUGAGAUUAUUUCUACAAACAUUUGGUUUUGUCACCAAUCUUUCAUUCACUCAUAUUUGGAUUAAAAUACGCACAUAGUGGCGCCCCCAUCUUAUAUAAUUGAUAAUUGAAGGUGAUUCCUAUUGUAUUGUUAUGUAUUGUGUUAAGAGUUAAGUGAAUUUUCAAACUUUAAACACAAAAGUUGAUUUUCAGCUUUGAAGGCUGAAAUAUAGAUUUUUCCAGGCUCUAAAACUAUAGCCUUUUUUAGUGUGACGAAGUUGAUUUUUUUCAAGAGCAUGUUUAUUUGAAUUUGAUCCGUAGUAAAAGAAUAAAAGCUCGUUGGCACAAGCUCAAUCAUUAUGAGCAAGGAUGAAAAAGCACUUUUGAUCCAUGUGAUUAACUAAUUUCACUUUUCUUCAUGGU